CGGCAAAGCUUUGUGGAACCACAAGUGAUUAAUUUUGGAGAAAACCACUUCUACCAGAAAUUUUUAGCAUGGGGAGUGAAGUCAACCGUCCACUAGCUGAUUUUCCAGCAAAUAUCUGGGAAGAUCCAUUAACUUCUUUCUCAAAGUCUGACCUCGGAACUGAGACGUUCAAAGAGAAGCAUAGUACGCUAAAGGAGGCGGUGAAGGAAGCUUUUAUGUCUUCCAAAGCGAAUCCGAUAGAGAACAUCAAAUUCAUCGAUGCUCUAUGUCGCCUUGGUGUCUCCUAUCACUUUGAGAAAGAUAUCGUAGAACAAUUGGAUAAGUCAUUUGAUUGUCUUGAUUUUCCUCAGAUGGUAAGACAAGAGGGAUGCGAUUUGUACACGGUUGGAAUAAUUUUCCAAGUUUUCAGGCAAUUCGGCUUUAAACUUUCUGCCGAUGUGUUUGAGAAGUUCAAGGACGAAAAUGGGAAGUUCAAAGGACACUUGGUGACAGAUGCAUACGGGAUGUUAAGUUUGUACGAAGCUGCACAAUGGGGCACUCACGGAGAAGACAUUAUUGACGAAGCUCUCGCUUUCUCACGUUCUCAUUUAGAAGAAAUUUCGUCUCGGUCUAGCCCUCAUCUCGCAAUUCGCAUCAAGAAUGCUCUAAAACAUCCAUACCAUAAAGGCAUCUCUAGGAUAGAAACAAGACAAUAUAUCUCAUACUACGAGGAGGAAGAGUCGUGCGACCCAACAUUACUUGAGUUCGCAAAGAUAGAUUUUAAUUUGCUGCAAAUAUUACACCGCGAAGAGCUUGCUUGCGUCACAAGGUGGCACCAUGAAAUGGAGUUUAAAUCUAAAGUAACAUACACAAGGCAUAGGAUAACAGAGGCAUACUUGUGGUCACUUGGAACAUAUUUCGAGCCUCAAUAUUCUCAAGCACGAGUUAUAACCACUAUGGCACUAAUCUUAUUCACAGCGCUUGAUGAUAUGUAUGAUGCAUAUGGCACAAUGGAGGAACUUGAGCUUUUCACUGAUGCAAUGGAUGAGUGGCUUCCCGUUGUUCCUGAUGAGAUACCGAUACCCGAUAGCAUGAAGUUCAUUUACAAUGUGACGGUAGAAUUCUAUGAUAAACUCGACGAGGAACUUGAGAAAGAAGGAAGGUCAGGGUGCGGUUUCCAUCUUAAGAAAUCAUUGCAAAAAACAGCAAAUGGAUAUAUGCAAGAAGCAAAAUGGUUGAAAAAGGAUUACAUUGCUACAUUUGAUGAGUAUAAAGAGAAUGCAAUCUUGUCUUCAGGUUAUUAUGCCUUGAUAGCGAUGACAUUCGUGAGAAUGACAGAUGUCGCAAAACUUGAUGCUUUUGAAUGGUUAAGCUCACAUCCUAAAAUUAGGGUAGCUUCUGAGAUAAUAAGUCGAUUCACAGAUGACAUUUCAAGCUACGAAUUUGAACACAAACGGGAGCAUGUAGCGACUGGCAUUGAUUGUUAUAUGCAGCAAUUUGGUGUUUCCAAGGAAAGAGCUGUGGAAGUGAUGGGAAACAUUGUUUCAGAUGCAUGGAAGGACUUGAACCAAGAGCUAAUGAGGCCUCACGUGUUUCCUUUCCCUCUUUUGAUGCGAGUUCUUAACCUUUCGCGAGUCAUCGAUGUAUUCUAUAGGUACCAAGAUGCUUACACCAACCCCAAGCUCUUGAAGGAGCACAUUGUUUCUUUGCUCAUUGAAACUAUACCCAUUUGAGAAUGACUAUCCCAAUCCAUGGAAUUGAUUCACUUCAAUGAUGGUUGGAUAGUUAUUUUAUUUAUGUUGUAUGUUUAUUUGUAUUCUGGUAGUUACUUUUUUUUUUUUGUAUCAUUGUUUGUGUACUUUUGUUGGUGAAUCCAUUUGAAUUUGAAUUAUUAUGUAUGACUCGAUUUCUUUCAUUACGGUCACAUACAUAUAAUCAAGGUGGAU